UACUGUGUAUCAACUAUUUAUAUGUGCGUGGCUGUCAAAAGAGAAAAGAAAGCAAAAAUUAAAGGAAAAAUCUUUUUCUCUCGCAGGAAAAGCGAAAUUGAUUUGAAGAAUUGCUCUUGCUGGAUUCCUAGAACAUGGCAACAGUAGGAGAACCUCUCACACUAGCAAGAGACGUCAAAAGAUCGAUUGAACUACUGGAUAAAUUGCAGAAAGGUGGCGAAAUACCUGCUACAAAAUUGGCAGCAUUGCAAAAAGUACUUCAAAGUGAUUUUCUGAACGCAGUUCGCGAGGUUUACGAACAUGUAUAUGAAACUGUAGAUAUUCAGGGAUCUCAAGAUGUACGAGCAUCGGCAACAGCAAAAGCUACAGUCGCAGCUUUUGCAGCUAGUGAAGGUCAUGCUCAUCCUCGUGUAGUAGAAUUACCAAAAACAGAAGAAGGUCUUGGGUUCAAUGUAAUGGGAGGAAAAGAACAAAACUCUCCCAUUUAUAUAUCUAGAAUUAUUCCUGGUGGCGUUGCUGAUCGUCAUGGAGGUUUGAAACGAGGAGAUCAAUUACUUUCGGUCAAUGGAGUGUGCGUUGAGGGUGAGAACCACGAAAAAGCAGUCGAACUUUUAAAGCAAGCUCAAAACUCUGUAAAGCUGGUAGUUCGCUACACGCCACGAGUUUUAGAAGAAAUGGAACUGCGUUUUGACAAACAAAGAGCUGCUCGUAGACGUCAGCACAUGCAAUAAGCAUUUGGCGAAUUUUUCUAGCUCUUUAAACAAAAAUCCACGGCAUUUACAGUAGCACUCGUCUCAAGAUCCAGGAAUUGCAUAAUAAUUAUUUAUAAGUUUCUUCAUGUACUGUUACAAUAAAUCAUUUACUACCAG